AUGCCCAAUCAUCCUCCUGUGGUUGCAGGGAGCAUUCAGCAGGUGGGGGAUCUCUGCGCCGAGUGUUCCAGCCGAGACGGCAGCUCCCUGGGCCCCGCCCGUGAGGGAACCAGUGCCCAGGGUCGUGGCGCCCUGCGCUGGGUGGCCGGCCGGGGGCGGGGCCCGGGAGCUGCGCAGGCGCGCGUCAGAGCUCCAGCUGUGCGCCGCCGCUACGCUGGGAGCGCCCGGGGUCGAAGGGGGGUCUGGGCGGAUGGCCCGGCAGCUGGCGCGCUGGUUCGGCCUGCGGCUGCGGGCAGGGGAACUGGGCGCAGCAUGCUCGCCGCCGCCGUGGGGAGUCUCCUACGUCCCGGCCCGGGGAGCCUCCUCCGAUGUGCCCCGGGGACGACUCUCCGGUCCCGGGGUCUCCCCGGCUACUCCACAGGCGGGACCCCCAGGGGCUCUGGGCCCCAAGAUCCGGGAAAGGUUCACAGGGUCCCCGCCGAGCACACGCCCUCGCAAUUCGACAAGAAAAUCUUGCUGUGGACCGGGCGUUUCAAAGCGAUAGAAGAGAUCCCGCCUCGGAUCCCGCCAGAAAUGAUAGAUGCUGCAAGAAACAAAGCUCGAGUGAAAGCUUGUUACAUAAUGAUUGGACUCACAAUUAUCGCAUGUUUUGCUGUGAUAGCGUCAGCCAAAAGGGCUGCAGAACGACAUGAAUCCUUAACAAGUUGGAACCUAGCAAAGAAAGCUAAGUGGCGUGAGGAAGCCGCACUGGCUGCACAGGCUAAGGCUAAGUGACAUUCUGAGUGAGAGAGUGUUAAUCAGAAUAUCAUCUCUAUUAUCGGCAAAAAUAAAAGAUAGGUAGAAUAGACUAUUUGGCAAAAUAUUUGCCAUUAUUUUAUUUUGGUGGAAAGAAGCACAAAGUCUUUUUAUUUUUACUUUUUAGUAAACUUCUCUUGAAGUCUAACAGACAUUUAGAAAAGUGAACGUAAGUUUAUACAUCUUGAUGCAUUUUUAUACAGUGAACACACCUGCCUAAGCACUGCCCAGAUCAAGAUGUAGAAUAUCAACAGCACGUAAGAAGCCUCCUUCCUGCCCUGUCUCAGUCAUUACCCUACACUGUGCCAGUUUUAUCACCAUAGAUAGUUUUCUUGUUUUUGAACUUCAUAUAAAUGGAAUUACACAAUA